AUGCAUCGUGCGGGAAUCGAACCCACGUCUAUCGGAUGGCAACCGAUAAUUAUACCAUUAAACCAACGAUGCUUAAAAGGCAGCAUAUUUACAUAUAUAUUUUGUACUUUAGAGAACAACAAAGAAGAAUUCAAUGCAUUGUGA